CGGGCUCGGGGGGCGGGGCGGCGGCGCGGGGCCCGGGCGCCGCGUAAACAAGGGCAGGCGGCCGCGAGCGGCGGCUGGAGGCGGGGCCCGGGCUGGCAGCUGGCAGCGGACCCGUAGCGGCCGCCGCGCUCCUGCCGCUCGCCCGCAGCGGCCCGCCGUGCUCGCGCUGCUCUGGGAGCGGCCUUCGCGCCGUGCCCGCCGCGCGCUUCUCUCGCGCUCCCUCUUUGUCUCUGAGCGCUCGCGAGCGCGGGGCUGCGGGGCCGAACCCGAGUGUCGCGUCAAGAUGGCUGAUGGCAACGAGGAGCAGCGGGCGGACGACUCGCCGGGGCCGGCCGACGAGAGCUACGAGUCCCUGGAGCUCGCCUGCCCCGCCGAGCGCAGCGGCCACAUCGCCGUCGGCGACGGGCGUCACAUGUUCGUCUGGGGCGGCUACAAGAGUAAUCAAGUCAGAGGAUUGUAUGAUUUUUAUCUGCCUAGAGAAGAACUAUGGAUCUACAACAUGGAGACUGGAAGAUGGAAAAAAGUUAACACCGAAGGUGAUGUCCCUCCUUCCAUGUCAGGAAGCUGUGCGGUAUGCGUAGACAGGGUGCUGUACUUGUUUGGGGGACACCAUUCAAGAGGCAAUACGAAUAAGUUCUACAUGUUGGAUACAAGGUCUACAGACAGAGCACUACAGUGGGAAAGAAUUGAUUGCCAAGGAAUUCCUCCAUCAUCAAAGGAUAAACUUGGUGUCUGGGUAUAUAAAAACAAGCUAAUAUUUUUUGGUGGAUAUGGAUAUUUGCCUGAAGAUAAAGUAUUGGGAACUUUUGAGUUUGAUGAAACAUCCUUUUGGAAUUCAAGUCAUCCAAGAGGAUGGAAUGAUCAUGUACAUAUUUUAGACACUGAAACAUUUAUCUGGAGCCAGCCUAUAACUACUGGUAGAGCACCUUCACCUCGUGCUGCUCAUGCCUGUGCCACUGUCGGAAACAAAGGCUUUGUCUUUGGAGGCAGAUACAGAGAUGCUAGAAUGAAUGAUCUUCACUGUCUUAAUCUGGAUACAUGGGAGUGGAAUGAAUUAAUUCCACAAGGCAUAUGCCCAGUUGGUCGAUCUUGGCACUCCCUAACACCAGUUUCUUCAGAUCAUCUCUUUCUUUUUGGAGGAUUUACCACUGAUAAACAGCCACUAAGUGAUGCCUGGACAUACUGCAUCAGUAAAAAUGAAUGGAUACAAUUUCAUCAUCCUUAUACUGAAAAGCCAAGGUUAUGGCAUACAGCUUGUGCGAGUGAUGAAGGAGAAGUAAUUGUCUUUGGUGGGUGUGCCAAUAACCUUCUUGUCCACCAUAGAGCUGCACACAGUAAUGAAGUGCUUAUAUUUUCAGUUCAACCAAAAUCUCUUGUAAGGCUAAGUUUAGAAGCAGUCAUUUGCUUUAAGGAAAUAUUAGCCAACUCGUGGAACUGCCUUCCAAAACACUUACUUCACAGUAUUAAUCAGAGAUUUGGCAGUAACAACACUUCUGGAUCUUAAGGUUUCAUAGCAAUGCCUCUGAUAACCUUGCAUGGACCGCAAUUCUGUAAACAGAGUGGCAUAAUUUGUAAAAUUAUAUGUGUUGUUGUAGUUUGCAGUUUAAUGUGCAUGUGAAUGAGCUAGAGAAAUUAUUUUUGUGUCUAAAGUUUACAAUAAACGUAUUUAACACA